GCCGCUCGCUGCAUUACCGAAAAACAGAGCAACCUCCCUACUCACCCUGUUCUUCCCACCUCACUCUCCUCAUCAUCACCCUCUUCCAUGGACUCCUCUUUCUCAAUCUUCCACUCCCCAACCUCCGACUUCUCCUCCGACUCCUCCUUCGCGUCCUCGGAUUCCUUCUUCUCCUCCAACUUCCAUAACUCUUACCUCCCCUUCAACGAGAAUGACCCCGACGAGAUGCUUCUCUACGGCAUGAUUUCCAACGCCAACCACAAUCACGGCUCCGAUGAAUCUUUCAGUUCUGUCAAGGAGGAGGAGGUCAGCUCCGAUGCCACUGCUUCGGGCGGUGCUGCCACUCCCAAGGAGAAGACAUACAGAGGCGUACGGCGGCGCCCUUGGGGGAAAUUCGCGGCAGAGAUAAGGGAUUCCACCAGACACGGCAUAAGGGUGUGGCUGGGGACCUUCGAUAGUGCAGAGGAGGCGGCUUUAGCUUACGAUCAAGCCGCGUUUUCCAUGAGGGGAUCGGCGGCGAUACUGAACUUCCCCGUGGAGAGGGUGAGGGAGUCUCUAAAAGAGAUGAACCACGGAUCAGAAGAAGGUUGCUCGCCGGUGGUGGCUCUGAAGAGAAAGCACUCGUUGAGAAGAAAAGUGAAUAGUAACAAGAAGAAGAACAAGGUGGAUGACAGAGAUAUGAGAAUAGACAAUGUGGUGGUGCUGGAAGAUCUCGGCUCAGAUUACUUGGAACAACUCUUGAUGUCCUCGGAGAGUCCUAGGCCUUCAGGAUCCCAUUGCCUCAAUGUUCAUUAAUUCUUUUUUUUUUUUUUCCCCUCCCUUUCUUUCCCUUCUUGUAAUCUUACACAAGUAUUCUCUAUUAUGAGAAUGAUCGUAUUUGGAGAUCAUUCGAGUAUGUAUGUUUUCCUCUGUUAAUGUAAGGGAAAUAUUUACUUGCC